UUGGCAGGUCAAGACGAUGGUGUGGUUGAGUACCGUCGCGCGGCGCGGGUUCUCCGCGCAGGUGUUCGAUCGAGCAAUGAAGCGCACGCAGAGGAACAAUGUGGCGGCGCUGCUAGACAACAGCAAGGAAUACGAGUACUUGCGCGAAGAAGUCGCGAAGCGCCUGGUCGACCGUCUGCAAGAUAUUGACCGGGACUUCCCAAAUGCGCUGGACCUCGGUGCUGGCAGCGGACACAUCUUCAAAUCGUUGGCGCCAGACGUCGGUUUGGGUGGUGUCACGCACCUCGUGCAGAUGGAAGCAGCAGAACGGCUGCUCUUGCGCGAUGCCGGCACCGACGAGGACAAGAAGCUCGUCGCCAACUUGGCCACGCAACGCAUUUGCGCCGACGAAGAAUUCUUGCCCUUCCCGAAACACCACUUCGACUUGGUGCUGAGUUCGUGCAGCUUGCACUGGGUGAAUGAUCUCCCGAGCACGUUUUCGCAGGUACACGACGUCCUGAAGCCAGAUGGCGCGUUCCUAGGGGCGGUUCUAGGCGGCGACAGUCUCAUGGAGCUCAGGAGUGCUUUCAUUCUGGCCGACCAAGAGCGUCGAGGGGGCAUCAUGCCGCACAUAUCUCCGUUUUUGAACGUGCCCGAUACUGGAAACCUUCUCCAAGGCGCUGGUUUUACACUGCCAACAGUCGACACGGACUACAUCACGGUCGAGUACCCCAACGCGUUCUCGGUUAUGGAGCACUUACGCGGCAUGGGCGAGAACCACGCACCGUUCGCCCCAUCUGGAUACGUCUCCCGCGAUGUCCUGUUGGCGACGGCGUCCAUAUAUCAAGCCAUGUUUGGCAACGAAGACGGGUCAGUCCCCGUGACAUUCCAGGUGAUUUACUUCAUUGGAUGGAGCCCGCACCAGAGCCAACAAAAGCCCAAGGCCCGAGGGUCCGCGACCGUGUCGCUCAAGGACUUGCCGACGGUGCACCACUCGGCCGGAGCCAAGCAACAGUAAUACUCCAGCAACGUGCUCUUUUGAUGCUCGCAACUUUGCGGUAACGUGUCGAGAGGACGGAGAGACAAUGUCAUCGUGGCGAACGCAUUCGAUCCG